GAAGCCUCCCCUACCAGCUGCACCCCCGUCCUUUGCUCCGCACACUCCUCCCAGAGGAGGCCCAGUCCCCCACCCGCCCGCCACCCAACGCGGCGGGCGCGUCGCCAUGGCGCUCCGUCUCCUGCUCCCCCUGCUCCUCCUCGCCGCCGCCGACGCGCUCACGCCGGACGGGCAGGCGCUGCUGGCGUUCAAAUCGGCCGUCGUCCAGGACCCCACGGGCGCGCUCGCCAACUGGGACGCCACCGCCGCGGACCCCUGCGCCUGGAACGGCGUCGCCUGCUCCUCCUCCCCCACCGACGCCACCCAGCCCCGCCGCGUCGUCGCGCUCUCGCUCCCCAAGAAGCGCCUCGUCGCGGCGCUCCCGACGGCGCCGCUCCCGUCCUCGCUGCGCCACCUCAACCUCCGCAGCAACCGCCUCUUCGGCCCCGUCCCGCCCGAGCUCGUCUCCGGCGCGCCCGCGCUCCAGAGCCUCGUCCUCUACGGGAACGCGCUCGACGGCCCGCUCCCCGACGAGCUCGGGGACCUGCCCUUCCUCCAGAUCCUCGACCUCUCCUCCAACGCCCUCAACGGCUCCCUACCGCCCUCGAUCCUCAAAUGCCGCCGCCUCCGCGCGCUCGCGCUCGCGCGGAACAACCUCACGGGCCCGCUCCCCGCCGGCUUCGGCGCACAGCUCUCCGCGCUGGAGCGGCUCGACCUCUCCUUCAACGGCUUCUCCGGCGCCAUCCCGGAGGACAUCGGGAACCUCUCCAGGCUCCAGGGGACGGUCGACCUCUCGCACAACCACUUCUCCGGCCUAAUCCCGCCGAGCCUCGGGAGGCUUCCCGAGAAGGUUUACAUCGAUCUCACCUACAACAACCUCUCCGGCCCGAUCCCGCAGAACGGGGCGCUCGAGAACCGGGGGCCCACGGCGUUCGUCGGCAACCCGGGCCUCUGCGGACCGCCGCUCAAGAACCCCUGCUCGCCCGACGCCAUGCCGUCGUCCAACCCGUCCCUGCCCAACGACGGGGAGUCGUCCGCGCCCGACGCGGCCGGUGGCGGCAAGGGGAAGGGCAAGGGGCUGGGGAAGAUUGCCAUUGUGGCCAUCGUGCUGAGCGAUGUGGUGGGGAUUUUGAUCAUUGCGCUCGUCUUCUUCUACUGCUACUGGAGGGCAGUUUCAUCCAAGGACAGAAAGGGACACAAUGCGGCUGCUGGUUCUAAGGGGUCGAGGUGCGGAAAGGAUUGUGGAUGUUUCAGUAGGGAUGAGUCCGGGACUCCAUCCGAGCACGCCGAGCAGUACGAUCUCGUGGCCUUGGACCAGCAAGUGAGGUUUGAUCUGGAUGAGCUGCUCAAGGCUUCCGCGUUUGUGCUGGGGAAGAGUGGGAUUGGGAUCGUGUAUAAGGUGGUUCUUGAGGACGGGCUCACCAUGGCGGUCAGGCGGCUUGGGGAGGGGGGAUUGCAGAGGUUUAAGGAAUUUCAGACCGAGGUUGAGGCAAUCGGCAAGGUCCGGCAUCCCAACAUUGUUACCUUGAGAGCCUACUACUGGUCUUUUGAUGAGAAGCUGCUGAUAUAUGAUUACCUUCCUAAUGGCAGCCUCUCUGCAGCACUUCAUGGUAAACCUGGGACGAUGACAUUCACGCCAUUGCCAUGGGAAUCCCGAUUGAACAUCAUGAAAGGAGUUGCCAAGGGGAUGUCUUUCUUGCAUGAGUUCAGCCCCAAAAAGUAUGUCCAUGGGGACUUGAGGCCAAAUAACGUCCUCCUUGGAACACACAUGGAGCCAUACAUCUCAGACUUCGGCCUCGGGCGGCUUGCAAACAUUGCUGGAACAUCACCUUUCAUGCAAUCAGAUCGAGUCGGUCUAGAAAAGGCCCAGAGCCAACAGUCAAAUGCCUCAGUGAGCCCUCUCAUGAGCAAAGGGUCAUGCUACCAAGCGCCCGAAGCGCUGAAGACGCUGAAACCAUCACAGAAAUGGGACGUCUACUCCUACGGUGUGGUCUUGCUUGAAAUGAUCACUGGCAGAUCGCCUGCGGUUCUCUUGGAGACCAUGCAGAUGGAUCUCGUCCAGUGGGUCCAGUUCUGCAUCGAGGACAAGAAACCGUCUGCCGACGUGCUCGAUCCUUUCCUCGCCCGGGACUCGGAACGGGAGGAUGAGAUGAUCGCAGUGCUGAAAGUCGCCCUUGCUUGUGUUCAAGCCAACCCUGAGAGGAGGCCAUCGAUGAGGCAUGUAGCAGAUACCUUGGAGCGCCUCAAUGGGUCGAGCUAGAAAUUGUUAUACCAACCACUGGUGGUGGUUUUGGAUGGGAUACGACCCUUGUACAGCUCAACUGUGGGACAAAGCUUAGGGAGGAGGGCAUGAAGCUGCAUAGUGUACUCCGGUAUGUAAGAUUAUCAUUUCCGUAGUGCCACAGAUUGUACUGGCUGCUAACAUGUUAGGUAGUAGCUAGCUCAGGUAACUAGUUUGCUGUAUUUGAGAUGGGACUUGUGCUUGCUCAGUAGUCACAUUGUGGGGGUGAGUUAGUUUUAACUCUUUGUAUCUUUGCUCUCUGUUAUGAGUGAACAACAGCUUGUAGUAGCAUAUGAAUCUUGCUUGAGCGUUUGGACCAUGCUUGUUA